AUGAAAGUUUGGAGUCAAAAUAUAAAUGAUGGAAAUGACAGUUAUUUAUUACAAAAUCAAGAAGGAGAUACAGUUAUUAUUGAUUUUGGUUCAACAAUUAAUCUUAAAAAUAAACGAAAUAUUGAUUACAAUAUAAUAGUUCGAAAGCUGUAUACUAUUCCAAAAAAUGAUCUGAUUGAUAUAUCGUUUAUAUCAUUUUUACAUCCAACACUCAUUGCUGAUCGAUCGGAUAUAAUGGAUAAUAAUAAAGAUCAAGGUUCAAAAUUACCUGCAUUUACAGAUGUAAAAAUAUUUAUUGAUUCAUUAUUUAUUGAAUAUCAAACGAAUACAAAUAUUGAAUACGAACUUGAAAGAACUCCUAUGAUUUGUACACCAUUUCGUAGAAAUUUAAUUUUUGAAAAUGGAUUAUCAAGUUUAAUAGAAACUCUUAUUGAGUUUAUCUUUCUUAUUCCAUAUUUUAUUCUUCUAACCAGUUUAAUUCAAGAGAAGAAUGCUAAAGUUAAAGAAAUUCUUAAAGUAUUUGGAAUUGAACCAAUUUUAAAUAAUUUUGCUCAUGCAAUUCGGACAUUAAUUAUUCUUUGUCUUUUAAUCCUACUCUUAUGCAUUGUAUUGAAACGAAAACCAAAUGGAUAUUUUCUCACAGUUAAUUUUCAUAUUCUCUUUCUUGGUUAUUUAAUAUUCAGUUUACAAUUAAUUUCAUUCUGUAUAAUGAUUGCACAAUUAUUUGAUAAAAAGGUUCGUGCAGAAUUAANAAAUGACAGUUAUUUAUUACAAAAUCAAGAAGAAGAUACAGUUAUUAUUGAUUUUGGUUCAACAAUUAAUCUUAAAAAUAAACGAAAUAUUGAUUACAAUAUAAUGGUUCGACAGCCGUAUACUAUUCCAAAAAAUGAUCCGAUUGAUAUGUCGUUUAUAUCGUUUUUAAAUCCGACACUUAUUGCUGAUCGAUCGGAUAUAAUGGAUAAUAAUAAAUAUCAAGAUUUGAAAUUACCUGCAUUUACAGAUGUAAAAAUAUUAAUUGAUUCAUUACUUAUUGAAUAUCAAACGAAUACAAACAUUGAAUAUGAACUUGAAAGAACUCCUAUGAUUUGUACAUCAUUUCGUAGAAAUUUAAUUUUUGAAAAUAGAUUAUCAAGUUUAAUAAUAACUCUCAUUGAGUUUAUCUUUCUUAUUCCAUAUUUUAUUCUUCUAACAAGUUUAAUUCAAGAGAAGAAUGCUAAAGUUAAAGAAAUUCUUAAAGUACUUGGAAUUGAACCAAUUUUAAAUAAUUUUUCUCAUGCAAUUCGGACAUUAAUUAUUCUUUGUCUUUUAAUCCUACUCUUAUGCAUUGUAUUGAAACAAAAACCAAAUGAAUAUUUUCUCACAGUUAAUUUUCAUAUUCUCUUUCUUGGUUAUUUAAUAUUCAGUUUACAAUUAAUUUCAUUCUGUAUAAUGAUUGCACAAUUAUUUGAUAAAAAGGUUCGUGCAGAAUUAACUGUUUCUAUCAUUUAUCUUGUAUCAUCAAAAAUUUAUUCAUAUACAAUUUUUUGGCCGACAUCGAUACAAUAUCUACUGAUAUUUUUCUGUCCUCAUAUUGCUGGAUAUUCACUUUUUCAGCAAGCAGUUUUACAUAAUUUAGCGGAAAAAGAUAUAUCAUUAUUUCAAUCGAUUUAUCGUUAUGUACCAAUUUAUUUUCCAACAUUGAUUAUUAUGAUUUGUAGUUGUAUUUUUUACUGGUUAUUAUCUUGGGAAUGGGAAGGCGACAAUCUCAUUCGUCGUAUUGAUAUUGGACUUAUCGAACAUUUUUUAGGUGAAUAUGGUAUUUCACUUGAUUGGAAUUUUCUCUUUAAACGAGAUUAUUGGCGUUCAGAAAAACUUGAUCAUCAUACACAAUCAUUACCUAAUCGUGAUCCAUUACUUUCAAGAAAAAAUUCAACUGGUACAACUAUUCUUCAUGUUAAUAAUCUUGUAAAACAAUUUGGCCCGGAUAAAAUAGCUGUUGAUAAUGUUUCAUUUGAUUUAUAUGAAAAUCAAAUAACAUCAUUAGUUGGACCAAAUGGUUCGGGAAAAACAACAAUAUUUAAUUGUUUAAUUGGUAUAUAUAAACAAACAUCAGGAACAAUAAAAAUACAAAAUGAUGAUGGAAAAAAUUUUGAUACACGAAUAAAUAUCGAAAUGGCAAGAAAAUCAAUGGGUUAUUGUCCACAACAUAAUCUACUUUUCGAUUUAUUAACUAUAAAAGAACAAAUAGAAUUUUAUGCAAUAGCACGAGGAUUAGAAAAAAAUAAAGAAAAAAUAGCAAAUGAAAUGCUUCAUUUAAUGGAUCUUGAAAAUUCUAAAGAUCUUUAUUGUAAUAAAUUGUCUGGUGGAAUGAAAAGACGUUUAUCAUUAGCUUGUGCAUUUAUUGGAGAUACAAAAAUAAUUCUUCUUGAUGAACCAUCAAGUGGACUUGAUCCAUCAAAUCGUCGUUCAUUAUGGGAUUGGUUACGUUCAAUGAAACAAGGUAAAACACUUUUAUUAACAACACAUUUUAUGGAAGAAAGUGAUGCUUUAUCUGAUCGAAUUAUAAUUAUUGCUAAUGGAAAGAUUAAAGCCGAUGGAACAUCAGCUAAAUUAAAAGAAAAAUAUGGAUCAGGUUAUAAACUAAUUAUUAAUAAACAGAAUAAUUCUCAUACAAAUGAUAUUAAAAAUGCGUUAUGUCAUUAUUUACCAGAAUUAAAAAUCGAAAUAGAUAUACAUGGUGGUGAUGUUGUUUUUCGUACAAAUCAACAACCAAAUCAACAAUUUGUACAAGCAUUACAUCAUCUUGAAACAAUGAAACGAGAAAAUCAAAUUAAAGAUUAUGGAGUACAAAAUAGUACAAUGGAUGAUGUUUUUUUUAAAAUCACAAAAGAUACAUGUAUUGAGAAUGACUCAGAAUCCAUAUCAAUGGAUACUGAUACAUUAGAGCAACAAUGUCAUUAUGUAUUUAAUGAUCAACAUAUUUCUACCGGUAUUCAGUAUCAUUUAAGUCAAUAUCAUGGUUUAAUAAUAAAAACAUUACUUGUACGUUAUCAUCGUUGGACAUUAACACUAAUUGUUUUAUUAUUACCAAUUUUAUACAAUCUUUUAUCAAAUGUAACAUCACGUAGUUAUAUUGAAAGUGGAAUAUUUAAAAUGAAUUUAAAUUCACUUAAUCCACAAACUAUUUUAUAUCAUACCGAUCCAAUGAUAGAAAAAUAUUUUCAUGCAUCUAUUGAUGGUGCAAUACUUGAACAAAGAUCAGGAGAUAUAUCCCAAAUGAAUCGAGAGAUUUUCCAUAUUUAUCUUGCUUUCAAUAUUCCAAAACCAACUAGAAAUAAAUAUAAAAUUCAAACAUUAUCAUCAAAUUUAAUAUCCGGUUAUGAAGUUAUUUCAUUGGCAUCAAAUACAUUUUAUAAAUAUGCAUUAAAUGAUACAGAUGCAUCAAUUCAAACGACAUUGAUCUAUAAAAAAAUAGGAAAUUUUACAAUUCAACCAUCCAUUGAGAAUAUAUUGAAUUACUUAAGUGGAAUAUCAUGUAUUCUUAAAUUCUCACCAUUCACAUUAUCAUUUGAUAUAUUAAUAUUUUACAUUCUAUUCUUCUAUGUAACUGUAUUUUUAAUCAGCGAACGAAAAGAUAGUUUUCUAUCCUUGCUUAAUAUCAGUGGUUUACAUCCAGCAUCAUAUUGGAUAUUUACUUAUCUUUUUGAUAUAAUUAUUUCUAUUAUAUGGUUUUGUUAUUUACUUGCUGUUUAUUGUAUAUUUCAUCUUGCUUUUAAUGGUAUUAUUGUCCCAGUAAUAACAAUAAUUGCUGCAAAUGCAUCUGUUCGAAUGCUUUUAUAUUGGUUACUUAAUAUAAUAUCUCCAAGUAUCAAUGCUCAAGUUAUAGUUACAUAUAUUUUAGCACAAAAAAGUGCAUCUUGUGAGUCAGCUAUUAUUAAUUUUAAAAUGUUAUCUUUUGAAUCAAUUGGGGAUGAUACAAUUGGAUGGAAUUGUUUAAUUCUUGUUUUACAUAUAUCAUUAUUAUUAUUAUUAAUUAUAAUUAUUGAUACUAGUUUAUUAAAAUUUUCAUUUUCAUUUUUAUAUAAAUCAAAUUUUGAUGAAAAUACACUUGAUGAUGAUGUUUUAGCUGAACGUUCUCGAAUAUUAGAUUUACAAACAAAUAUAUUUGUUGAUGAUGAACAUAUUGAUUAUUUAACAGUUAAUGAUCUUGUAAAAUAUUAUCCAAGACGUAAAAUUUUAGCUGUAAAUCAUUUAACCUUUGGUGCAAAACGUGGUGAAGCAUUUGGUUUACUUGGUUAUAAUGGCGCUGGAAAAACUACAACAUUUCGUGUUAUAGUUGGUGAUUUACUAUCCAUAAAAGCGACAGCUUAUAUAGAUGGACAAAAUGUUCGUCGUUGUCGUAUAAAGUCAAAACGUCAUUUAGGUUAUUGUCCACAAGAAAAUUGUAGUAUGGAGUUUUUAACUGUUCAAGAUAGUCUUUAUUUAUUAGCACGCAUACGUGGUGUAAAAAUUUCACAUAUAAAAACGAUUGUUGAAACGAUGAGUUCAUUAUUUUUACUUGAUCCAUUUUUAAAUAAUUAUAUUCAUCAAUUAAGUGGUGAUACAAAACGUCGAUUACAUGCUGCAAUGGCAUUGAUUGGACCACCACUAGUUGCUAUUCUUGAUGAACCAACAACGGGUGUUGAUCCAAAUGUUCGACAACAAAUGCAAAAAAUAUUUUUAAAUUCUGUUAAAGCUAAAUUAACAAUUAUUUUAACUAGUCAUUCGAUGGAUGAAUGUGAACGUGUUUGUAAUCGUCUUGGUAUAAUGGUUAAAGGACAAUUAGCUUGUUUAGGUACAAUUCAACAUUUAAAAUCUAAAUUUGGUCAAGGUUAUACAAUUGAAAUAAAAGUUCGUUCAAUAUCUGAUCAUACAAAUAUUACACCAAUUCAUAAUGUUCAAUCAUUUUUAUUAUCACAAAAAACAAUAUCAUGUUGA